ACUGUACUCCCUUGGGUGAGAAGCCUGAAACUGAAAGCCCUUAGCCCUAGCUGCAGGUCCAUAUCGAUCGAUCUCCUGCCUCUAUAAAUUAGCUCCCAUCUUCGGACAGCGUCCCACACAACCAAAGUGCAACCAGAUUAGGAGCUAGCUGCCUACUUCGUUCCUUUCAGAGAGGCUAAGGGCUAGCUAGCUCCCUGGUUGAAAAUGGCCUCCGCCACCACAGCCUUCAAGAUCCAUGGCGCCGCCGGGGUGGCAGCUGCCAUUGCCGUGCUCCUACUAAGCACCUUCCUCCUCCCCUUCCCCUCCUAUGCAUCCAUGUACGAGGCAGAUGCUCAUUACAAAUACAAGCACGUUGCUCCAGCUCCCACGCCUAUGCCGGCGUACACCCCGGAGCCAGCCCCGGCCCCGGCGCCGCCGACAGUGAUCAUCGUCCGCGGCGUCAUCUACUGCAAGUCCUGCAAGCUCGCCAACUACAACUCCGGCAUGGACGCGUCGCCCCUCCCCAAUGCGACGGCGAAGCUGGUGUGCGAGGAGAUGGGCGGUAGCGGGAGGAGGGCGCUGGAGAUGACGAGCACGGCGACGGACGGGAAUGGCUUCUUCCUGUUCAUGGUCUACGACGUGGCCGCCUUCACCCGGAACAGCGGUAGCUGCAAGGUGUACCUGAGGUCUUCGCCCACGAUGCUCUGCGACGCGCCGUUCCUCCCGGAAGACCCGACGAUCGGGAUGAGCCUCGCCAAGGAGGCGGAGGAGGAGGCGGAGCACGAUAUCUAUAGCAUCCAGAGCGGCGCGCUCAUGUACAAGCCCCGCUCCGGGGUCAGCUGCCCGGCCUACUAGUGAACGAACUUCGAUCGAGGAUCGACGGUCGAGAUGCACGGAGAUGUUGCAAUGCUGUAGGAGUUUGUGGAUCGAUGCUGUGUUUGGUUGAGCUAGAGAGGACUAGAAUAAGUAGCAGAGACGACUGUGGUCUGUCGUUUGGUUGAUGAUCCGUGUAGUAGUACUCUGUAGUUUGAUGUUGGUCGUCCUACGUCCAGGUGUACGGCAAGUGUGUGUGUAACCUUAAUUUGUCAGUUUGUCCUGAAUUCGAAUUAGUGGGUUCGAGCAUGCA